UACAUUCAUCUGACUCACUGCUUCGCAAAUGAUAAUGGACAGUUGACCCCGCGCGUGAAUGGUGGGUUCCUAUCCAAUCGUGACGGGAUUAAGGGCUCGUGCGACAUGGGCGAAGCCGCCCCCGGCCGCCAAUGCUUCAAGCAACUUGCAAACCUAAUAAUCAGCUGACAUCAACCGAUAUGGAGGGAGUUAUAUCGUUCAAAGGUGACAAGGGUUCCUGUGGUCAACGUGCUGAAGACUACAAUGCUGCUACGCGCUCUCAUUUCAGCUUCGGCUUAGCUGUUUUGGCGGUGCGGCUGGUUCUUCGUGCUGAGGACGCCACGACCUCGAUUGACAUCGCUAGACGCACAGAGACCGCAGAGCACGUGAACUACGCAGACGCUACUAUCGAUAUUGCGAAGCGAGUCAACCAGACCAGCUUUUUUGCUGAUAUUGCUUAG